AUGGACCUAGAUUUCAUUUUUUUUCCUGCUCCUAAAGAGACUUUAGAUAUUGGGUAUUUUGAUGAAGGUAGAAUAUUAUGGAUACCAAAACAUUCAGCACUUUAUCCAAAUUUUUAGAAUUAUGUUAAAAGAAAAACAAAGAAAAAUAUGGUUAUAUUUGUCAAAUAGUCAACUCAACAAGUAGAAGAAGAAUAAUUAUCUUUAAUUGAUGAUCAAUAGUAUGAAUUUAUAAAAGUGAUAGAGAAUUUCAAAAACAACCAAUACCUUAAUUCCCAAAUAUACAUCGGGUUCAUUCUAAUAAAUAAAAUUUAGUUGAAAAUUUUGAGUUUGAAGAAAAAGAAAUAGGAUCACCAGAAUUUGAUAUUGUUGAUUAUGAAGAGGAUUUAUAGGACAAAUUAUCAAAAUUAAAUUAGGAAUCUGUUUACAACAUUGGGAAGACAAAAAUUAGCAGUAUUUAAUAAAAUAAGUUCACACGGGCUAAAAAAAGAGAAACUACAAGUAGAAGUUCUCCUCAUUUUCUUUAAUUCAAUAAAAAAUAGGACACAAUCAUAUAAUAGAAAAAAACCAGCAAAAGAGAUGGAAACAUUAUUGGAUACAUUCCUUGUUUGCUUAUCAAAUAUGAAAAUUCAUCAAAUAUUGUUGUGUAUUUUCAUGGGAAUGCUGAAGAUAUCAGUUAAUCAUAUACAUUUUUGAUACAUCUUCGUAAUGUUUUGUAAGUAUCACUAUCUCAUAGUAAGAAAAGAUUUCAGUUUUGGCAGUAGAAUAUCCAGGGUAUGGAAAAUACAAUCAAGUUUAAACUUCUGCUGAAGCUAUAUAAAAUGAUGCUGAUUACGUUUAUAACUAUUUGACUAAAAAAAUAGGUUAUGAAGAAAAAUCUAUAAUGAUCUUUGGAAGAUCAAUAGGAUCUGGUCCUGCAACCUAUUUAGCAAGCAAACAUAAGCCUGGUUGUUUAGUUUUAAUGUCUCCAUUUACUUCUUUGAAGGAUGCUGUUAGAGAUUAUGUUAGAUUUGUUGGAACAUGGGUUUAACAUUUGAUUAGAUAAAGAUUUAACAAUUUAGUAAAUAUAAAUGAUGUCACAUCUCCAACUUUUAUUUUGCAUGGAAAGAAAGAUGAUAUGAUACCUCAUUCAUAAGCAUAAAAAUUAAAAGGUAAAAGAAUAAAGAAUAAAUAGAAAAUUGUUCUGCAGAAAUAUGUAUUUUACAUUUAGCUGAAGAUAUGGAUCAUAUUAGUUAUAAAUUACAUUCUGAUUUAAUUAUACCAUUGAUGUAAUUCUUAAGAAAAAUUAAUUUUUAUUAAAUAUAUUUUAAGAGUCCUAAAGUACCAACUAAUUUAUAUUAAAAUCCAAUAGCAUGA